AUGAAUGAGUUCGAAGUGGAGGUCAGCAAAUCCUCCAACACACAGUUGCCGACUCUCAUUGACUCUAAGGGGUAUGCCGAAGGCGGGGAUCAAGUUCUUGCGCAGUCAGGCUUCACUGAUAAGUAUGCGGUCUCUUACCAUCAGAUAAUUGAGCAAGAGAGAGCACUGUUGGAUAAGAGGCUACGGCCGGUUGUCAAGAACACCGUGCACUCUGACUCUAAGCGCAAAGUCGGAGAGUACACUCUAGUAAGACGUAUCGGGAAAGGGCAAUUCGGUGAUGUUUACAUGGCAAACACUGCUGAUGGGGGUUAUGUCGCUAUCAAAUGCGUCCCCAAGAGGCCCAGAAAAUCUCAGCAGUAUUCUAUGAAUCAAGUUCUACGUCAAAUCCGACGCCAGCAGUCGCAGGGCAGGAGAUCGCUAAGUAGCGAUGAGGCAAUUCUUGAGAUGAAUGUUAACAAGAUCCGCUGGGAGAUCUUCGUAGCCAGCGGCUUCAACCAUAAAAACAUCCUCGGGGUUAUAGAAUGUCUCGACUCUCGUGACAGCAAAGAUAUAUGGAUUGUUUUACCCUUCGCAAGCCUGGGAGAGUUGAAGUGGAAAAGGUCGUCUAAGCCGGAGACUUUGGAGCAAUGGGACUUAACAUUGAGGCAUAAAACUAGUGUCACAGAAUUUUCAGAAUACGUGCUUCGUAGCUUGACAGCAGGCCUACUGUACCUGUGGGACCAGGGCUGUAUCCAUCGUGAUAUAAAGCCCUCCAAUAUCCUUAUUGAUGGUAGCACCGGCAACAUUGUGCUAUCUGACUUCGGAAGUAGUCUGCUUUCCCCCAAGAAGCUUUUACUGGAAGAGCCUGCUAUGCAAAAAGCAUACUCGGAGGAAGUAAAGAAGAUUGUUGGAACCCCGGCUUUCAUAGCGCCUGAGCUUUGCAACUUCGAGGAGAACGACUCGUCUUUGGAUGGCUUCAAAAUUGAUCUAUGGUCGCUAGGCGUCACCAUUUUCUGCCUCCUUGAAAACCGCCUUCCAUUCUGGGGAGAGAACGAGUUCGAUACUUUCCAAAAAAUUGCCAACAACGAGCUACCACUUUCAGGGGAUUGGCUGCACGACCUUGUUGUUUCGAAGCUUCUAAGAAAAGAUCCCACUCAUAGACUUAGUAUCAAGCAGCUUGACUCCCUUCUGCGAAACCCGAAGAAGGAGAGCGGUAUGAAGAAGCUCGUAUCUAGACUGAGGAAAAUCAGUAUGAAGAAGAAAAAGGGCGCCAAGGUACCAGAAGCCAGUGCUGGGAAAGCUGCUAUAGCUGUACCUAGCAAUGUUGAAACCAGUGAUGUUGAAUUUAGUGAUAUCGAAUCGAAUAUUUCUUCCGCGGCGUCCCUUUCAGACGAACCAGUACAGGUACCGGGCUUCAUGGAUUGCCGGCCCCCAACUGACAACGGCAGUCCCUCAGUAACCGCUUCAGAGCUUUCCUCGAGGGCAACUCCUUUAGAGCUCUCUCCGCAACAACCUAGCCCUCUGCCGGUCACCCCAAAGCACACCACACAUGACACGAGCCCGUCACCUAUCAAGAUAGACACUCCGCUCAAGAAUCUCAUUAGAGCUGAAAACACACCAGAGAAAGCUCCUAGCUUAUCCCCCAUGCCAGUCAUAAAGCCUCAGGCUCAAGUCUCUCAGCAAGCAAGCCGGCUAGCAUCGAAGGGUACUCUAGACUUCACGAAGUACCUUCAGUCCCCAUCAAAGGUGCCCAAAGAUUGUGCACCGGUAGGCUCAACAAAAGCAUCGAACUCAAUUGAGGACAUCAAGAGAUACCUGAAUUUUGCAGAAAGCUAA